AUGGUCACUGCUACUCUCCUCUGUCAUCGCCAUUUUCUCUGCAUUUACAGCUUCUUCGCCGUUGCAGUGUUGUUCCCUUGGCGCACAGUCGCCGGGGACAGCCUCAAGCUCCGCCUCCUGCACCCGUCCCCUCCGCCCACGCCUCAGCAGGCCCUAUUGCUGGAUUCGCAGCGGCUGUCCGUCCUCUUUUCCUCCCUCAGCUCGGCCUCCUCCGCCGCCGGGAAGCGGCCGGAGCCCCCCAUCGCCAUCGCGGCGCCCGUCGUCUCCGGCGCGUCCACCGGCGCCGGCCAGUACUUCGUCGACUUCCGGGUCGGCACCCCUCAGCAGCAGCUCCUCCUCGUGGCCGACACCGGCAGCGACCUCGUCUGGGUCCGGUGCUCCGCCUGCCGGGACUGCUCUCGCCACCCCAAGGGCACCGCCUUCCACGCCCGUCGCUCCUCCUCCUUCGCCCCUUUACACUGCUACGACCGCCAGUGCCGCCUAGUGCCGCAUCCCCACCCGGAACAGUCCUGCCCCCGCGGCCGCCUCCACAGCCCCUGCCGGUACCGCUACUCAUACGCCGAUCACUCCACCUCCGCCGGCUUCUUCUCCAGGGAGACGGCCACCCUCAACGCCAGCUCCGGCCAGGAGAUCCGCAUCCAGCAGCUUUCCUUCGGCUGCGCCUUCAAUGUCUCCGGCACCAGCGUGGCCGGCCCGGCCGCCGGCGGGGCUCACGGCGUCAUGGGCCUCGGACGCGGCCCCAUCUCCUUCCCUUCCCAGGUCGGCCGUCGCUACGGCAACACCUUCUCCUACUGCCUCAUGGACUACACCAUAUCGCCGGCACCCACUAGCUACCUCCUCAUCGGCGACAACAGGGAGAACGAAACCAGUGUCGGAGAGGGGAAAGGCGGCAGGCCGUCUCCGCCUCCUCCGCUGCGGUACACGCCAUUGCAGACCAACCCGCUCUCCCCGACGUUCUACUACGUCGGCGUCGAGGGGGCCUCCGUCGACGGCGUGGACCUCCCGAUCGGCGCCGCCGUCUGGGCCAUGGACUCCUCCACCGGCGCCGGGGGCACCGUCAUCGACUCCGGCACCACCCUCACCUUCCUCCCAGAGCCCGCCUACCGCCAGAUCCUGGCCGCCAUGGAGCGGCGUGUGAGACUGCCGCGCGUGUCCGUGGGCGGCGUCGGCAGGGGCUCGAGCGGCCCCGCGUUCGAUCUCUGCGUGAACGACACGUCUGCGGGGAACGAGCCCUCGCGCCGCCUGCCUCGCCUGGGGCUGAGGUUAGCGGGCGGCGCCCUGCUAUCGCCGCCGCCGAGGAACUACUUCAUCGACACGGAGCCCGGCGUGCGUUGCCUGGCGCUGCAGCCGGUGUCCUCCCCCGAUGGCUUUGCCGUUAUCGGCAACUUGAUGCAGCAGGGCUUCCUCUUCGUCUUCGACCGUGACCGCUCCCGGCUGGGCUUCUCCCGCAGCGGCUGCGCCGCCUGA